AUGCAGAACCCAUUGAAAGACAAAAAAGGUACGCCUGAACCGCCGAAGGGAGCGGCUGGGGGAGCCGGAGGAGGGCUAUCGAUGGAGGCAGUCUGGCAGCAAAAUGUGGUGCUGCAAUCGCAAGUUGAACAACUUGCUAAUAAAUUAGACCUGCAAGUUAAAUUAUUGGAGGCUGAGAAAGCAAACAAGGCUAGCAAGAUUGUACCCUUACACCUCAAUAAAUUUGAUGGGGACAGCCAGCGGUACUCCAGCUUCCAGACAGAGGUGCUAUACAUGUUGGAGCUGAGAAAAAAUGACUUUAGAUCGGAUCAGGAGUGA